GAUCAACCUGUCACCGAACGGCAAUGCAUUGUCUGAUUUUGUUUGUAAAUAUUGAAAUUUGCACGACGAAUAAGAAACACGGCCAGUCGCUCAAUAAUGGAAAGUAAAAAAUUGUCCAGAACGGUGCAAAAACGACUAAGAAAAAAGGGAAUUAUUCUGCCAAGUUCCACUCCUGCAAAGUCCGAGGCAUCACUCAACAGUGUUAAUAUUUCCACCUCAGCUAAAAAGAAGAAGAAAAAGUGCAAGACAAAAAGAAAGGGCAAGGUUGAACAAAAACCAGAACCAGUGGCAGUGGUCGAAGUCAAAUCCGAUGUGAGACCAACAGUGACACCAGUGACGUCAACAGUGCCACCAACAGGUAAAAACACCAACACGACCAGCAAACACCGCAAACGCGAUCCCAAAGACGUGGUCACUUACAUUAAUAGCAAGCACGUAAGCAAUGACGCCGAUGAAGUUGGUGAUCUUAUUCAUGCUGAACUGGUUGGACUGAGAAAGCAAUCGAGAAACAUAAAAUCUGCAUCGGAUUUGACCGAGAAUCAGGCCCAUGUCAUCAAAAGACAAAUCACCAAAUUACAUGGGGCCGAAGUGGAAAGAGAAUUCAAACGUCCGAAGCAUUGUGAGAAGACGCUGGGCGAGGCGACCGAGGAACUGGCGCGGCUAUUGAAAGAGCGGAAAGCGAAACUGGCAACGACCAGCAAUAAAAGUGGAAAAGUGUAGGUUGGGACAAAUAUAUUUACAAUAAAGUGUUGUCUCUUGUAUAA